ACUGCGCCAGCAAGAAUACACGUGCUGCUCCGCGCAUUUCAAGAUCAAGAUGGCAGCCUCCGUGUGUCGGUGCUACGAGCUGGUGGGCAGACGCGCCUUGGCCCUUUGCUCUCGGCCUCUGGUGUCUUCAGUUUGGAGAGGAGAUGCCUACAGGAUACAUGGCAGCCCAGCUGCAGCCGUGCAGGUGCGAUAUUCUUCAGGACGCAAAGGUUUCCUGGGAGAGUUUGUGGACGGCCUGCGCCAGGAGUUCAGUAAGAAUCAGGAGAUGAAAGAGAACAUUAAGAAGUUCAGAGAAGAGGCCAAGAGACUCGAGGAGUCCGAUGCUCUCCAACAAGCCCGCAAGAAAUAUAAAACCAUAGAGGCUGAGACAGUGAAGACCUCAGAGGUGUUUAAGAAGACAUUUGGCUCCCUGUCAGACACCGUCAAGGAGGGUCUAGAGGAGGUGAGUCGUACUGACAUCGGAAAGAAGAUAAAGGAAGGCGUGGAGGAGGCAGCGAGGACAGCCAUGCACUCGGCUGAGUCUGUGUCUAAAGGAGGAGAGAAACUGGGCAAAACUGGUGCAUUCAGGGCCAUCUCACAGAGUGUGGAGACCAUGAAGAAGGAGAUAGAUGAUGGGGAUGCCGGCCCUUACAGAGCUCCCUCUCAGCUGAGAAAAAGAAGUGACUACUCUUCAAAAGGAGGCCAAAAUGACUCCAGAGUAUUCGAGGCCAAUGAAGAGGAUAUGGGUGUGGUUCUCCAUAAGGAUUCAAAGUGGUCCCAGCAGUGGAAGGACUUCAAGGACAAUAACAUGGUCUUUAACAGGUUCUUUGAGAUGAAGAUGAAGUAUGAUGAAAGUGACAAUGCCCUCAUCAAGGCGUCCAGAGCUAUGACUGACAGAGUCACCGACUUCCUGGGUGGUCUUUUUUCCAAGACAGAAAUGUCUGAGGUGCUUACAGAGAUCGUGAAGGCAGACCCCAACUUUGACAAAGACUCCUUUCUCAAACAGUGUGAAAAAGACAUCAUCCCUAACAUCCUGGAGGCUAUGAUCCGUGGAGAGCUGGAUGUUUUAAAGGACUGGUGCUAUGAAGCUACCUACAGUCAGCUGGCUCACCCCAUCCAGCAAGCCAGAGCGCUCGGGCUCCUCUUCCAGUCCAAAGUCCUUGACAUUGAUAACAUCGAUCUCGCAAUGGGUAAGAUGAUGGACCAGGGCCCUGUGCUCAUCAUCACCUUCCAGGCUCAGGUUGUCAUGGUGAUCCGCAGCCCAAAAGGAGACAUAGUGGAGGGAGAUCCGGGUAAGGUGAUGAGGAUGAUGUAUGUUUGGGCGUUGUGUCGUGACCAGGAGGAGCUGAACCCCAACGCAGCCUGGAGACUUUUGGACAUCUCGGCGUCCAGCACGGAGCAGGUUCUCUAGGUGAAGGAGGAGGGAUGCAUGUGGAAUGGACGGGGCUCACAAACUGUGAAGAAGAGCAGAAUAUAGGAGGCUGUGCCUGGAUCACCUUCACGUACGGACUUACAUAUGUACACAUUAACAUCUGAGGGCAGAGUGCACACAUGCUAUGUGUUAUCCCAGAGACUGUAUUCACACACUAAGACCUAUGUGCACACGUGUGUGUAGGUCUGCAUAUAUACAUAAACACGAGGUGAACUACAACUAUAUGAUAUACUGAUAGAAGACUGUUCAUCUGCCUAUAUGAGUGUGUCGUCUCUUGCAUUGGUUAGCUCAGUGUUUCCUGAACAUUUACAUCAUUUUGGAAUGGAUGGAGCCUGGAGUGUCCAAAGAUGAGCCUGUACCAUUUCCCUACCUGUUUCUGAGAAUUGUACAAUCCAUCCAUGCAAAACCUGUGGCACGAUGCAAGAAAGCGAACGGGAAACAAUGGACUUGGAGGUGUGACUUUCCCUGUCAGUCUACUUGGGACAUAUGAAGCUUGAAAUCGGGGUACCUUCUAUCACUGUCAUAUAAUGUAAACACAACAUUUUCAUGUAGUUAGGAACUAUCAACACAGCUGAGUGGGACAGCAUGAGCGAUUCUUUAAAUCAAGCGAAACAGGUCCAAUGCUUCAAGAUAAAGUGUCUGUUUAUCAAUAUAUCACACAUAGAUUAUUAUAUUUGUCACAAGAAUUGGACUCAGCCCAUCAAACAAUGUAAUAACAUCAUCUGUGGCUCUGAAGGAAGCUUUCUUAAAGCUCAUUUGAGGAGUGUAAGGCUGGUUAUGAAUGGACUGAAAUUAAGGCCAAAUUGAGGAUUUGUUUUCUGUACGGGGAUUUUUUUUUUUUAAUGCUUGUCACCAGGUCGGUGUCAGACAAAGUGAGUCCACAGCAAGUUUGGUUGGGAGUGAAAUAAUUGCACAUGUACAGAGCAUACUCAACUAAGAGAUUAGCCACAAAGGAUGCUAAAAUCAAUGCAAACUGACAGUUCCUUACAGGAGCUUUAAUGAUUGGAUUGGCAUUUUUUUUUUGGGGGGGGGGGUGGGACAACAACGACUGGAUUUUGACAUUUCUCAACCAGAGUAAUGUUGAGUCAGUCCCUCCAAAAACAUGAAUAUUUCUGCUCUCUCACUCUGUGUCGUUAUCUUUGGAUUGUAGAAGCCUUCACUUGUGCUGUGAGCGUACAGGUAGAAUGCACACAGGCAAGCAGGUAGAUGGUGACGUAGGUAGCAAAGCCAGCUAUACAAUAUUUUAAUUUGGUCUGGUUGAAAUGAUUGGACAUGUUACUUUCUUGUAAUAGCCACAAACAUUCAAUUUCACUUCUUUUUUUGGAGCAUUUCAUUAAUUUGUUUCUGUCUGGAGUUGAAGAGUAUAUCAAAAAAAUGCAAUAAAUUGCCUCCCUAGCUUUUUAAAGCUAACUCAAUAUAACCUUGAUACUACGUUCAAAGUGACCCAUUAGACUUGAGACUCAGGACAACAGUCAGCUGUGGUGGUAGCUGCUUGGUUUCUGCUGGCUUCUGGAAACUGAGAUUCAUUUUAAAUAAUGUAAUAUAGGGUGUAACAAUCUGUGUGAUCAGUAUCCAUGCUGUCAUAUGUAAUGUAGCUGAGAUCUGCAAAUGCCCCACAGCAUGAGAAAUUACAAAAAAAAAAACCUGGAGAGGACAUACCCGUGUUUGUUGGUGCAGUACAUUUUCAAAGGCUUACUGAAGAGUCAUCGAGCUUCCAGUUACUGUACAGAAAAAAUAUAAUGUAUCUUCAUUUUUUGUAAAUAUGUUAAGUACUGCUAACAUACUGCUUAUUUAUAAGCUUGGAGGGACCAUGUUCAAAUAUGUCAUCGUAGCAGCUUUUUUAAAUUAUUUGUCUGCCAGAUCAUGUUGUACACUGUUCAUCUGUUUGUCGUACUCAAAUGUUUGUUUACUUUCUUGUAUGUUGCUUUAGAAGGACUAAAUGCAGAGGAUGGAAACUUGAAUGAAUGAGUAAAUAACUGUCAAUGUUG